AUGUAUAAAGCUUUUGACAGCCAUUUGGAAAAUGAAAGCAAGGACGAUGAAGGAUUCCUGUCCUCUUCUUUCUGGACGGAUCGGGAAAGUGAGGGGGAAGACAGGGACUAUGUUAAAAAAGAAAACAGAAGGAUUGAAAGAAAGCCUGAAAGAGACAGUAAUGAUGAGAAGGAAAGAUUUGUAAUCAGAGAUGAUAAAAAGGAGAGGAUGAAGGAAACUCUUCAAGGGAAUGAGAAAUAUGUACUGGCUGAAACAAAUCCCAAGGUAGGUGAUGAAGGAAGUGAGGUAGAUAGAGUUGAAAUAGAAAAAGGCAUAGAUCAAGAAAAAGAGGAGGAUGAGGAAAAAGGCAAAGAGAAUGAAGAGCAAGAAGAAAGUGGAGAUGAGGAAAAAGAGCUUGAAGAGGAGGAGGAAACGGGACUAGAGAAUGAAGAGGAGGAAGAAAGUGAGGAUGAGGAAGAAGAAAGUGAAGAUGAGGAAAGAGAGCUUGAUGAGGAGGAAGACGGUGGAGAUGAGGAAAAAGAGCUUGAAGAGGAUGAGGAAACAGGACUAGAGAAUGAAGAGGAGGAAGAAAGUGAGGAUGAGGAAAGAGAGCUUGAUGAGGAGGAAUACAGUGUAGAUGAAGAAAAAGAGCUUGAAGAGGAGGAAGAAGAAAGUGAAGACGAGGAAACAGGACUAGGGAAUGAAAAGGAGGAAGAAAGUGAAGAUGAGGAAAGAGAGUUUGAAGAGGAGGAGCAAAAAGGAAAAGAAAGUGAAGAGGAAGAAAUUUUAAAAGAGCUUGAAGAACAAAGUCAAGUGGAGGGAGAGGAGGAAAAGAGAAAGGGAAGUGAAGAGAAAGAAAGUGAAGAGGAAAAAGGAGAAACAAGUGAGGAGGAGGAAAAGGAAGAAGGAAGUCAAGAGGAAGAAGGAAGUCAAGAUGAGGAAGAAGAGUUUGAGCUGUGUAAACAGGGAAAAAUGAAUAAAAAGAAGGAAGAGGAUGAUCUAGAAGAAAGUGAGGAGGAAGAGGAUAGUGAGGAGGAAAAAGAGAGCUCUGUCAAUGGAGAAAACUCUGAGGAGAACAAAGUCCAAAGCAAUGAUUCAGAGAGCGAGAAAAAUCAGGUGAGUGUGGAGGAGAGUGAAGAAGAAGAAGAAGAGUGUUUUCCAAAAGAAGACUCAAAUAGUGAAGAAAAGUGUACAGAUGAAGAUGCAAACAGUGAUGAAAAGAAAGAGGGUCUCACCAAGGAAGGUGGAAGUGGGGAAGAAGUACAAGAUGAGGAGGAAGGAGAAGAAAACGAAGAAGGAGAUAAUGUAUGUUGUGUAUCAGACGAGAAUGAAGGCAUUGAGGACAAAAUAGAUGGUGGCAAAUCUGUUUUGAAGAAAGAGAGCACAGGAAACUCUGGAAGAGAGAAACCAAAUGAGAGAGAACCUAAAAAUGAGGAAGACAUGAAUGAUGACUUUUUCGCAAAAAGGAAGAAAACGGAGGAAAACCCUGACAGCAACGAGGAACAGGAGAGGAAUGGGAUUGGAGAUGGAAACAGUGAAGAGGAAGAGAGAGAAUGUUUUAUCAAUGAAUAUGACAAAGAGAUGGAACUUGGAAAGAGUGAUGAAAAAGACGAAGAUGUCAGUCUGGCAGAUGAACAUGAAAGUGGGAUGGAAGAGGAGGAGGAAGUAUCUAAAGGAGGCUGUGAGAAAAAAGAGGAAAUAGACUGGUUUUUUGAUGCACCUGUUGGGGAAAAGGAGAGUUGGGACCAGGACAGGAAGUCAUGGGCAAGUGAUGAUGAUUAUGUUACAAUAUCCAGUGGCCAUUCGCAGAAAGAAGAGGAAGACGAUCAUAACACGUUACCUGCUUGGGGAGAAGAGCGUGCUGAUGUACGGCAGAAGGAGGAAACUAGAGACAUCUAUGAUGAGGAUUUUCACGAAAGUCUGGGCAGCCCUGCCGCAAGCAUUUUAACGUCCGGUUAUGGCACGUACAGACCUGACUCGUCUAAAGAUGGAGACCCAGAGGAGGUGGACUAUAGAGACGACUGUACUCUGGCUGGUUUAGAAGAAGAGAGCGAGUCGAUCUUAGAUGCUCAUGAUUAUGAGGAUAACAGCAGUCUGGUGUGGUUCGGAGACGUUCCAGCAUCUGAUGGAGGAGCACCUGCAAAAUCACCAGAUGAUAGGAAAGAUGUAGCCGUACACUAUCCUGAUCAAAUGCAUGAUGCUCAUCAAUUUUCUGACACGCCUAGCAAAGGUCAUCAAGCCGACCCGCAGCAGACUCCCACAGGGAAUGACAUUGGAGCUCAGGAUUCAGGCUCUCAAAAUGUGGCAUAUUUCAAUGAUGGUUUGGAGGUUGAGGGUUUGCGGGACAGUCUUGACCACCCAUUUAAUUUGAGGCACAGCAAGGGCAGAGUUCAAAGGAGACCCGAGGAGAAACAGAAUGAUGAUGGAUAUGAUGACGGAUCAAAGGGGAAGAGGGUCAGAGCUUAUACUGGCUGCCUUGGUACAGUUAGUGAGCUGGAGGAGCGUUUGGACCACAUGCGGAUCGGUGCAUCUCGUGUGCAGUACGACUCAGAGAGUGAAGAAACAGGAAGUUACAGUGGCAGAUCCAGCUCUGUGACGGAGGAACCCCCGAGUGCUUUCCAGGAAUACAUCAGACGCAUGACACGAUCACAGAGCGAGAGUGACAUUCGCCCUCGUCCAAAGUCAUUUAUACGGCCAGUUUUUGAUCAUCCUCACACGAGGAACUUGAAGAAAACUGAUCCAGUGGCAAAGUAUUUGCAAUAUAAGCAGGACUGGGAGAUGUUUAAACCUCCAGGAGAGAAGAGCAGGAAGGAACUGCACUGGGCCAUCAGGGAACAACUCAUGUAUCAGCCUCCACCAACGAGACCUCAGAAGACAUUCAUCCCCAACAAUUAUGUGGUUCCAACAGAGAAGAAGCGAUCAGCUCUAAGAUGGGAGAUCCGACAUGAUUUAGCACACGGCAUUAUCCCAACAAAAAUCUCCUAUCCCUGAGAUGAAGAAUGUUUCACCGAUGCCUUAUCUUUUACAAAUGCCCUUCUUAAUGUUAUUUAUUCAUAUGAUAUUGAAGUCUUUUUUACCAAGUGAAAUGAGACAACUUGAUCACUGUUUUUAUGAAAUAAACAUUUUAAUACUCUGACAUCA